UCGAAAGAAAAUCUCCGAUGACAGCCGAAUUGGGCUGAAAAAUAAAACAAGUCGAGAGGUAGUGCAAAAUAGACAAAACAUAAAGAAAGAGGAAGCGAAAAAAUCGACUGUUUCGAAGGCCUAUCCUCUGGAUCGUCGUGAGUGUGUCAUCAAAUCCUAGCGAUUAUUGCAUUAAUUCGCUAUCUAAACAAGGCAGGCUCGGUUUUGGCCGUGUUUUCCUUUCUUUCCCUUAUUCUCGGUUGAAACUCCAAACUCGUGGCUAAUGCGCGGCGGUCAAUAAUUGCAAAAAAUUGCAUCAAGUGAGAGUUUAUUAUUGAUGAGUGCGUUUUUGUUUUGGAAAAAUAUCGUCACAUUUUGCUUCGAUCCGUUCCAUUCUUUUUCUUUGCCCGUCGCGAGUUUCUAAUCGUCGCGGUUUCUGAUUUCGUGCGUAAAUUUUGAAGCCUUCCAAAACAAUUGGUGUCGCGCAUAAAAAAUUGUGAACCCAGAAAAUUGCUUUGCUUGUAGGAAUUAGCUUCGAUUAGCAUAAAGAAGUUCCAGCUUGAACAAUAACAAACGUCGACAAAUUAUAGAAUUGGCAAACCGGAGGAAUUGCGAUGGCAGAACCAAGUGGGCAACCACUUCCGCCGGAGCCAGAGGUGAAUCAGAACAACAACGCUGGACAAGGACCGGUUCCACCUCCGCCGCCACCGUUGGGUAAUCCUCCUAGGGCCAGGAAUAAUGCUCAAAAUCCUCUUAUUAACGUUCGGGAUCGCUUGUUCCAUGCGUUGUUCUUCAAGACGGCGAUUGCUUACGCCCAGAUGGUACCGAAACCUGUUCGGCGCGCUAUAGAACUAGUCAUGCUACUGAAAGCCCUAUCAGCGUUCUUCAUUCUCGUGUACAUCCAUAUCCACUUCUCCCAGACGCCCACCACCUGUCUUGAGCAUGUGAAAAACGAUUGGCCACGCGAUGGUAUUCUCCGCGUCGAAAUAAUCCGCCACAGUUCCAGCGUCGUUGAAGUGAAACAGAAAGAGGCUGACCUGGACGAAACGGAGGUGAACAUGCUGCGAAACAUUCACAAAAACGGGAUGAUCAGUAUCGAUCCCUCGACAACGUUGCCACACGAGCAGGAGCAAAACCAGAACCCGGAGCUGCAGCUGCAGAGUUACGCCAACAGUAGCCCGUGGUUUCAGCAGCAGCCGCAGCAGUUGUCUUCGCCGCAAACGAGCGCUGGCUUCGGGCGGGAACGGAUGACCAAGGAGAUGUUUCCGUCCUCCGCAUCCAGAGCGAACGAGUUCCGAGGUCGUAGUGAUCGUGAUGUGCGGAAAAUCGAGGUCAAUAUGCCUAUCGAGAGUACACAGUUUCUGGGAGAGCAGGCCCGGAUGAAUUUGGCUCUAGAUGAACCACUUUCGGAGAAGCAGCGGCUGCAAAAAGAGUACGGUGAUAGUGUCAUGGUGUAUACAAACGAGACUAUUAUGAAGAAUAUCGCGGCGAUGAAAGAGGAAGUACCCGGAACGGAGCUGAGGACCGAUGUGCCAGAGAUGGAGAAGUUGAAGAAUGCACUCUGGUCCGAGGAGCAAUACAUCGUCGAAUACUCGCUCGAGUACGGUUUCCUGCGCCUGUCGGCCGCCGCCCGCCAGCGGCUGAACAUUCCGGUCCACGUAGUAACGCUGGAUCCCUCGGUGAACAAGUGCUUCGGUGAUUCGUUCAGCCGGCUUAUCUUGAGAGAAUUUCUCGGCUACGAUGAUAUUCUGAUGGCUUCGGUGAAGGUUCUGGCCGAACAGGAGGACAACAAGGGGUACCUCCGCAAUGUGAUCACCGGCGAGCACUAUCGCUUCGUUUCGAUGUGGUGGAUGUCACGCAGUUCCUACUUUGCGCCGUUCUUCAUCAUGAUCCUGUUUACUAUUUCAAUUUCGAUGUUGCUGCGGUAUUCCCAUCAUCAAAUCUUCGUAUUCAUCGUGGAUCUUCUCCAGAUGCUGGAAUUCAACAUUCCAGUGCGUUUCCCAGCGGCGCCACUGUUGACCGUCAUCCUGGCGCUCGUCGGGAUGGAGGCCAUCAUGUCAGAGUUCUUCAACGACACGACGACCGCGUUCUACAUCAUUCUGGUGGUUUGGUUCGCCGAUCAAUACGACGCGGUAUGCUGUCAUACGUCUGUCACAAAACGUCACUGGCUCAGGUUUUUCUACUUGUACCACUUCUCGUUCUACGCAUAUCACUACCGGUUCAACGGGCAGUACAGCAGUUUGUCCCUCUUCACCUCGUGGCUCUUCAUUGCGCAUUCGAUGAUCUACUUUUUUCACCACUACGAGCUACCGGUGAUAAUCCAACAGGCUCAACUCCAACAAAUUUUGCUCCAAACACGUGACGGGCAGGUACCUCCGCAAAAUCAACCCCAAAAUGCCCGCCAACAACAGCAGCAGCAACCACGGCAGCAAGCGCAACAACAACAGGAUCAGCAACAGAAUGGAGGUCAAGCGGGACCACAGCCACCGCAACAACCACAAACCAAUCAUCGGGUCGCUAUCAUGGUGGAUGGUUUGAUCAACGCGAUACGUUUCCAGCGCCGCAACCAGCAGCAACAGCAACAGAAUGGAGACCAAAAUGGACCACAGCCACCGCAGCAGCAGCCACAAAACCACCGGGCCGCUGCCGCUGCCAUGGUCGAUGGUUUGAUCAACGCGAUGCGUUUUCAGCGCCGCAACAACGAUAACAACAAUAACAAUCGCAACGUGCUGAUCAGUCUGCCCCGUUACUAUGGGCUGCUGGCCAUGAAUUUGAACAACAACAAUAACAACAACAACCAUCUGGUAGGUCUGUCCAACGGGUUAAACCAGACAAUCCGGGACAUAGCUCACAGCUUGGUGCAGAGUUUGAGAGCAAAUGUAGCUGCCGGAAUGGAACUGCUCGGGAACAUGAAUUUGUACAACAAUAAUAACAACAACAACAACAACACAUUUGCCCAACGAUUUUGGUUUGGUUUCGGGGGGAUCCAGCCUAGGGUAGGAAUACAGAUUAUAGGUCAGGCGGCAGCGGUCGGUGCAACGCAGAAUAGCAGCACGGGUAAUGUCGAGACGAACGCAGAUGGUUCCAACGAUCCAGCAGUCACCUCUCACCCGCUAGGCGUGGAUAAUAUCGCAACGGACUCAGCAGUUGAUCCAAGGACUAACUACCAACGAAAUUAUGAGGCAAACAAUUUUAUCUUCCCAGAAGCAGUACUUACCCAGCAGCAGCAACAUCAGCAGCGACAUCAGCUUGAUCAGCGCCAAACUUCCGCCGGCACAUCUCCUGGAGAGAGUGACCCGGAGAAGGCGUACAACUUUGAAAGUGUUGCCGAUAACAGCAAUGCUUCUUUUAGUAGUCCCAAUAGUGGUAGGCCGGACAAGUUAGCCGCCGGUAAUGCGAGUAGAUUAGAGCCCAGUCUGUGUUCUCCGAACACACAGAACGCGGACGAGCCGAAUAGCUCAGACAGUAGAUUUGAGGAGGAGUCGGUCAUAGUCGGCGGAGCCACCUCGGAUCGGGAAGGUAUCGAAAAACCUCUACUGGUGGAGACUUUAAAUUCAAACAGUGAAUAAUAAACAAUUACUGCAAAGCUUCUGGUGUAUUAUUGUUUCUACACAUGCUUGUUUAUCUGUGAAUUAAUUUUAUUGAAGUGAAACGAUAAAAAAAAGGAUUGUUACGCUAAACAAGAUGUUGAAUUGAAGACGAUGUGCACUGCUAGGAAAUACCUUUGAAAUAUCACAGCAUCGCGAAUCGCAGCGGAAUGCAGUUUUUUGUACAUAUAGACUUUGGAGUGGAUAUCUUAUCAUACACAACUAUGCUGUUUUUUAAUUUAUUGGAAAAUAUUUCGUUGAACGUGAGUUGAACACUACCAACAGAAUAAGUCAACACAGAGAAAUGAUGUUUAGUAAAACAGUAUCGUUGGUUUUCUUGUUUUAUCAAA